AUGUCCUCCAGAGCCCGGGACAGCGAGCGAGAAGCUCUUCAUCAGUCUGGCAGUGCUCGUCAGCGGGACUCAUACUCGCCCGAGCCUUCUACAUCUUAUCGUGAUCGGCAUAGCUCGACCUAUUCGUCCUCUCACAGGCAGCACGACGACCGAACCCACUCGCACAGAGAUGACAGGCGAGAGACGGCACAUAGAACCUCACGAUACGACCGUCCGGAUGACGCAGAUCGACGGCAUCGUACGAGCGACGACAGCAGGGAGAGAGCAUAUAAAUCAAGGGAUCGCAGAGACGACCGACGUGACCCUCGUGGCGAUGACCGCUCGAGCCGCAAGCACAGCUCACGACGCAGUAGAACACCCCUGAGCGAAUCAGAGUCUUCAGAUGCAUCUGGCUCGCGCAGGCGGUCCUCGCAUCGACACGAAGAAUCUCGCGAGGAGCGUCGAGCGCGUAAAGAGGCCAAGCGGGUCAGGCGAGAAGCCAAGGCGACAAAGAAGGCAAAGAAGCUAGGCGUCGUGGGCCACGAAUAUGGCUCGAGAGGCAUCCUGAACGAGGCAGACAUUUUCACCAAGGACAUGGAAUUCAAUGCAUGGCUCAUGGAGGAGCGCAAGAUCAACCCAGAGACGGUCACACACGCCAAACGGAGAGAGAUGUUCAAGAUCUUUGCCGAGGACUACAACACUGUCACGCUCCCGCAUGAAAAGUACUACAACCUCGAGGCGUACGAGAAGCGGAUGUCAGCCGUACGAAUGGGCGAGACAGUCGAGGACACGAGCGAGUACGACUUUCGCAAGGACGAAGAGGCACUGCGCAAAGCAGGCAGAGCGCCUACAAAGCAGAGCGAUACCUUUCUCACGCGCGAACAGCUCGAAGAUCUCCGAAAGAUCGAGCGACAGCGUAUCGAGGCAAGCAAGAUGAAGACGCUGGGAUUGGAAGUCAAGCAAAGCAUGGGCGUACGCUACGAGGACGGCUGA